AUGGGUGCUCUGCCCGAAUGUGAUAUAUGCCAGUACCAUCAUUCUGGCCAGUGCAGGUUAAUGAAAUGUGAGUCUUGCAGGAAGACUGGCCAUUCAAAGGAAACAUGCUGGGCUGGUACUGGUACAGGUCGUGGUGGUCAGAGAGGUUAUGAAAAUGGCAAUGGAAACCGCCCGCAAGGAGGAAAUGGCGGAAAUGGUAAUAGUGGAAAUGUUGGGAAUCAAGCUGGAAAUGGAAACCAUGGAGCAAAUAACAAUCAAGGUGGUAAUAGGAACGGUAAUGGUCGAGGACCAAGUUGUUUCAAUUGUGGAGACAUGAGGCAUUUCAAGCGAGAAUGCCCAAAGCUCAAUGAAGGGUUUUCAACAUAG